AUGAGCGCCGAAACGCGCCAAGCCACUGGCGCGGGCAGCAAAUCAAAACGACGAGGGACCGACCCCGAGGAAGAUGGGAAGGCGAUGGGCGAACCGAAGCGUCAGCGAGUCUCACGGGCCUGUGACAGCUGCCGGUCGAAAAAGGACAAGUGCGAUGGGAUACAACCUGUAUGCUCGACUUGUGCAUCCCUCUGUCGUCCUUGUACAUAUAAAGCCAACCCGAAGAAAAGAGGCUUGCCCACGGGAUACAUUCGAUCCCUAGAGUUAUUGUGGGGACUGGUGUUCCAAAGGAUACAAGGAAGUGAGGAUGUGAUGCGUGCUCUAAUGCGAUCAAUCAACCUUCCAAGUCACUUGGCUACCAUGGGCAAGGAGGCAGAAGGCUCUGACACGUUACUGUCUUCCUUCAAGAACAGCACGGUCCUCCGAGAUAUUGAGCGGAUACUGGUGGUCCUGGAGCAGCCCGAAGAGGAAAGGGAGCGAAACCUCCAAGCCUACAGCGAAGGGGAAACACCUCUAGACGUCGAUGGGAUUCUUGCAUCUGCUGAAGCUCAAGAGUGGCAGAUGCCGGAAGGGAUGGAAGCGCGUGAGACUCCGUUGACAGGAGUGUCACCAACUCGAACAGCUGGCAUUUCCCCCAUAAAAAAUAUCGGCGCUCGUCCUAUGCGCGACUCCGGCGUUCAAACUACCCCAACUGAAGAUCUACCAUCACCAUCUUACACUCUCUCUUCAGCCCUCGAUGACCCUCCAUCGCUGAUGAAAAAUCCGCUCCAACUUCCUUACAACGCAUGGCCCCUUUUUGACGUCUACUUUUCUUACACACAAUGCUGGUUCCCCAUACUGGAAAAACACGAUAUCCUUCGAACCGCAUUCCAAUACACCGAAGGCGAUGUAUACAUGUCACGUUUUGCCCCCGGGUCUGGUGAGCACGCAGCCUUGUGGGCCGUCCUCACACUUGCAUCGCUGCAGGAUGCGUCGAUCGCGGCGACCCGACAAGCGGACGAACAACCCGAUGCCCACCUAAGCCCCUCACAAAUGUACAAUAUUGCCCGACAACUCAUCCCAUCUGAAAGUGGCCCCCACGAAAUCGGACAUGUCCAAGCCUUGUUAAUCCUGGGUCUAGUCAAAUUUGGCCAGCAGGAAUGGACUGGAUCAUGGAUGCUUGUCGGUCAAGCCGUGCGAAUCUCUCACACACUGGGUCUUGAUCAGCCUUCUCAUCAAUCCUCUUCAAGAGCUCUUGAUCAGGAGAAGCAACUUGGGCGAGCUAAACAUGUCUUUCUUGGCUGCUUUGUCCUUGAGACUCUUAUUGCUGAGCAAACUUCACAAUGUCCUUCACUGAGAAAGGCAGACUUGGCGAGGGUGGGGUCUAUCAAUGAGGAUGGACUCGAGGAGUGGCAUCCGUGGGAAGAUCAGACUGGGUUACGACCUCCCCAGUCCUCUCGUGCUUCAAUGCAGCGGGGACCGCUUCAUGCACUCAGCACCUUCAACCGUCUCGUCAGUCUGGUGUCUAUCUUAAACGAUCUGUGCUGUUGCAAACAUGACCCAACUAUCUCUCGAUCGCAACUUGAAUCACUGGAACUGCACUUACAACGCUGGGCUACUGCUCUGCCCAAGAGCUAUCGCGUGGAUCUACAGAGUCGUCCUGUCAAGUUGGCGUCUCCGCAUAUCUUCAGUCUGGAAAUAACUUAUGAGAGUGUUGUGAUCGCUUUAAGCUCCCAAAUUGCCAUUCGUGAAGCUGACCAGAACAUCCCGGACCCACCACACAAAGCUCGUGCGGCGGAAAGUUCGAACCGGUUACUCCAGCUACUUCAGCUUUACAUGGAUACGUAUAGCUUCUCAGCUACUGCACCGACCUUUGGCAUGAUGCUUCGAUUCGGCCUUCCGCGAUCUCUCUCCAGAGAGCUUCCCUCAGACCUCGAUAUGGGUCUCCGAAAUAAGAUCCAUACUUUCUCCUCCCAUCUUUCCGUAUUAUGGAACAUGUCUGACCGACCGACUGCUGGUCAAACUAUGCCACGCAGACCGCAGGUCAUGGGUACAUCCCCUGCAGUUUCGCAACAAAUGGAAAUAUCCAUGAGCGCGGAUAUGGCUAUGCCGUCCUCACUGUCAGUGGGAACUCCUACACAUCACCUCCCUCCCACAGACGGUCACCCGCCUUCAAGCAGCGCACAUCCCUCGUCUGCUCCUGCAGACCCAUUCAUCUCUACACCUUGGCUCCGGGCCACACAGCACAUCGAAGAUGUGUCCCUUCUCCCUACAUCUACACCAUCAUUGAACACGGUCGGCGGUGGCUCAGAAGUACCUUCACAACAAGGCCAUCUGGACGGGACCCUCGUCAGUGGGCUUCACCAUCCUACCUCGGCUCCUACGAAGCCUCGCAAUGGCACGGGCAUGCUUCCUGAUCUUUCUGCCUCAUAUCACCCCACCGCACAAUACCAUCCAGCAGCAUACCAAGAUCCAUCGAUUGGUCUGGGUCCAUUUGUUGACAUGGAUGGAUACGGCCCGCCACGCAGGCAACGAAUUGCCCCCGAUCUCGAUGCAUUAUUUGAUGAGUUAGCAUCGUUAGAUGGUGCCGAGAAAGCCGAUAAUCAACCGGAGUUCAUGCAGAACCUAGGUUUCGUCUCUGAUGCUGGUAUUCCUGAGCUUUACUCCUUCUCGGGUCAGAUCGAGCCGUUCUUGCUCGCGCAGACGCAGCAAAUACCAAGUAAUGGAACUCCACCUGGUGUGCGGCGAGAGUCGCAGUCUUUGGGCAUGUCAGGGAUGUCCAAACGAUGA